UUGCUGCUGCCGUCGCGGGAUGAUGACGCGCGGCCGCGGUGCGCCCGCCCGGGGAUUCCCCGUGUUGUUGUCCCGCGGCCCGGCGGGAUGCGAGGCCGGAGCGCGGCGCGGCGCGGCUGGCGCUGAUGGCGACUCGCUGCGGGGCGGGCCGCGGCUCCCGGCCAGGGCUGGGGCCGGGGCCGGACGAGUUCACCGUCCCGGCGGAGAAAAGCCGCUUGCUGGAGGGGAGCCGGGGCCGAAUCGAGGGCUUGUUCGAGGUGCGGCUGGCCGUGCUGGGGGCGCAGGAGGACUGGCGGGCCUCCCUCCCUCCGCCGGGCCGGCCGCCGGCCGCUGCCAGGAUCUGGGUGCAGCUGGCGGGCGGCGGCAAGGCGGUGCGCUGCGCCAAGGAGUAUAUUAAGGGACUGUGUGAACCUGAACUCGAAGAAAAGCAGUACUACCCAAAGGACAUGCACUGCAUUUUUGUUGGCGCACAGAGUGUGUUUCUCAACAGUCUUAUUCAGGAUACCUGUGCUGAUAUAACAGUGAUGGAAAUAGGACUGCUUAUUAUUAAAGGGGGUGCAGAGGCUGUUGUUAUGGCUCAAAGUCAUGUUCAGCAGUUUGUGAACCUUUUCGAGAAUAAUGAAAGCUUACCAAGUGACAAUGAAUCAGAGAUUAAAAAGCAAUUUAGACAAUUUGUGGAAGCACAUGCAGAUAAAUAUACAAUGGAUUUGCUAAUUUUGCCUAGCUCACUAAAAAGAGAACUCCUAAGUCUCACGCAAACUGAAUGUUGUGAGGCAGAGAGCAGUAUCAUAGAUCUUACAGGUUCUGAGAGUCCAACAGAGUUUUUACAGGACAAAGCUUCCAAAGUAAUUGUUACAAACAGAGAUGGAAGAACAGGUGGUGAGGAAGCAAGAAACAAUGCUGGGACACCUGUAACUGAACUUACAAAACAAAUGGACACGGUGUUUUCUGAUGCUCCUGAGACAAGUUUUGUUCCCAUAAAUGUUGUGCCUUCGUUAGAGGCAGUGGUGCCUAAAGAAAGGCAGUCAUGUAAAAGAAGAUCCUCUGAUGCUGAGGAAAGGCUCCCUAAAAAGCAAUUCUCUUUGGAAAAUGACCAGGAAAUGAAAUCCACUUCCCACAGUGAUCCUUCUGAGAAGGAUGCAGUUAUUGAUUUGCUUUCAGGUAGCUGUGGUGAAUUAGAUGAUCCCAAUUACUUUAUUAAAGAAGAUGAUGAUAUCAGUGAGGAAAUGGAAUAUAAGAUUCUUGUGAACUUUUUCAGAACAAUGGGCUAUUCCCAGAGUAUUGUAGAAAAGGUUAUUGGCAUUCUAGGACAAUCUGUGGAACCAUUAACGUUGCUAGAAGAAAUUGAAAAGGAAAACUUAAAAUUUCAAAAAGAACAUGAACUAUCAUCUCAAAAACCCAGAACUAUAAAUCCUCCUUUAGGAAGUAAUGCAAAUAAUUCACAAAAACUAGAAGACAAAGGCAUUUCUAGCAGUAAAAAUCUACUUAAAUCUGGUCAUGCUUCAAAGGAGACAAAAAAUGAACAUCAUAAUAUAAGAGAUGUGCCAAGCACACAAGCUGAUGGAGAAGAUAAAAUGCAUACAGUGAUAUGCAAACCUGUUUCUCCUUCUGGUAAGAGUUCAACUCUAUGCUGUAAGCAAAGAGAUACUUACUGCUCUGGUAAGAAUCACAGUUCAACAUCAAGUGAUACAGAAACUGAUGGUGUUAUAACUUUCAGCCCUAUACAGUCAGGAGUUCCAAAAGAUGUUGAUUUUGUAGCCAGAGGGAGCUCAGAUAUGCAACGUAUCUCAGCUAAGACUAAAACUGCAGCUCAGCAAAAAUCUGCAGGGCUCUCAGCUGUACAGAAUCUUCAUCCUGUUGCUGAGGACCAGUUAGGACACAGCAGCUCUUCUCAAGUGAGAUCGCGCAACCAACACCCUUUCCAAACAUCAGAUUUUGAAAAAUUUACUACAGCCCAUGUAAAAAUACAUCCUUCAAGUCCUGAUAGAGAGACAGUGGGACCAUACAGACGUCAUAUUGAUCCUUCAGUUACCGGGGUUCAAAGAUUCCUGGAAUCUCUCAAAAAGCCAUACAGGCUGGAGUUGAAAAACGAACCUGGGAAUCCGUAUUUAAAACAUAUCAUUAUUGAUGGGAGCAACGUUGCAAUGUCUCAUGGUUUAAAGAAAUUCUUCUCCUGUCGAGGAAUUGCAAUAGCUGUUGACUACUUCUGGAAACGUGGCCACAGAAAUAUUACUGUAUUUGUUCCACAGUGGAGAACAAGACGCGAUCCUUCCAUUACAGAACAGGAUUUCUUAACGCAGCUCCAGGAUGUUGGAAUAUUGUCUUUAACCCCUGCAAGGAUGGUUUUGGGAGCAAGGAUUGCUGCUCAUGAUGACAGAUUUUUAUUACAUCUUGCUGAUAAAACUGGAGGUGUCAUUGUGACUAAUGAUAACUUCAGAGAAUUUGUGACAGAAUCAUUUGCCUGGAGAGAAAUUAUUCAGAAAAGGUUGCUCCAGUACACUUUUGCGGGGGACAUAUUUAUGGUUCCUGAUGAUCCUUUGGGAAGAAACGGACCUAGAUUAGAUGACUUCCUUCAAAGUGAAGGCUGUUCCAGAGAUUUUCUGUCAGGACAAAAAGCUUUACAGAACAGUGGACAAUAUUCUUCUGAGACACCUGUCUUCAUGCAAGUCCCCAAACCAACCAGUAGCAGUCGACAGCCUAAAAACCGAGUACACGGUGAUUGUUCAGCAACGUGGCUUCCGCUGGAAACAAACAUGAAGGCUUGUCUAGCAAUUCCACCCCAGAGAUCUGCCUCAGAAACAGUACAGCUAAGAGAAGCCCUGAGAAAAAUAUUUCCUGAUUAUGAGCAGAGACAAAAGAUUGAUCAAAUACUAGCUGAUCACCCAUUCAUGAGAGAUCUUAAUGCACUGUCUGCCAUGGUGCUUGACUGAAUACCAUGCAGGGUUUUUAUAUCACAACUGAUCUGAUUAACAAUGAAUGUCAAUGUGAAGAAAAAUGUUGCUCUAUUACUUUGUGAAUAUUCAGAACCUAAUUUUAUUUGUAUAAACAAAGGUAUUUUGUGUAUGUUCUGUUGCUAAUAGAUGCCAGUUUUUGGUAAAUUAAAAACUGCUGCUACUACA